AUGGCUCCUAUCGCCAUCUCUCCCGAGAGGGACACCGGUCUUCCUGUCUCUGCCUUGACAGCCACCUACGAUGACACCCUCCGUUUCUACCUCAACGGCACUCGAGUGGUACUAGACGAGGUCGAUCCAGAAGUCACCCUGUUAGAGUACCUCCGGGGCAUCGGCUUGACGGGAACGAAGCUUGGUUGCGCCGAAGGUGGCUGCGGAGCCUGCACAGUCGUCGUCAGCCAAUAUAACCCGACCACCAAGCAGAUAUAUCACGCCAGCGUAAACGCCUGCCUGGCACCCCUAGCGAGCGUCGACGGCAAACAUGUCAUAACGAUCGAAGGGAUAGGCGACGUGAAGAAGCCCCAUCCAACACAAGAGCGGAUAGCCAAGAGCAAUGGAAGCCAAUGUGGCUUCUGCACGCCGGGCAUUGUCAUGAGCCUGUACGCGCUGCUCAGGAAUAACGAAGGCCCCAACGAGCAUGAUAUUGAGGAAGCGUUCGACGGCAACCUCUGCCGCUGUACUGGAUACCGGCCCAUCCUGGAUGCUGCCCAAACUUUCAGUGUGAAGAGCGCAUGCGGGAAGAGCGCGAGCAACGGGGGUUCUGGCUGCUGCAUGGAGAACGGAAACGGGGCAGACGGCGGGUGCUGCAAGAGUAAGAGCCUGGACGACGGCCAACCAAUCAAGAGAUUUACACCGCCGGGGUUCAUCGAAUACAAUCCCGAUACUGAGCUUAUCUUUCCACCAACCCUGAAGAAGCAUGAGUUCAAGCCCUUGGCUUUUGGAAACAAGAGGAAGAGGUGGUAUCGCCCGGUGACCUUGAAUCAGCUGUUGGAGAUCAAGAGCAUUUAUCCCAAUGCCAAGAUUAUCGGCGGAAGCACAGAGACCCAAAUUGAGAUCAAGUUCAAGGCGGUGCAAUAUCCAGUAUCCGUCUUCGUCGGCGACAUACCAGAGUUGCGCCGCUACACCUUCAAGGAUGACCAUAUCGAGAUCGGCGGAAACGUUAUCCUCACCGACCUCGAAAACAUCUGCCAAGAGGCUGUCAAACACUAUGGCGAAGCAAAAGGCCAAGUGUUCCAAGCCAUGUACAAGCAACUGAAAUACUUCGCUGGAAGACAGAUUCGAAACGUCGGAACUCCAGCUGGCAAUCUAGCCACGGCGUCGCCUAUCUCUGACUUGAAUCCUGUCUUCAUGGCCGCAGACUGCGUUUUGGUCGCCAAGUCCCACGAGAAGGAAACUGAGAUACCCAUGGCGACAUUUUUCAAGGGCUACCGCAGGACCGCUUUGGAGCAGGACGCUAUCAUCGCAUCCAUCCGUAUCCCGGUAACGAGUGAAAAGGGAGACUACUUUAGAGCCUAUAAGCAAGCGAAGAGGAAGGAUGACGACAUCGCAAUCGUUACUGGCGCGCUUCAUGUUCGCGUGGACGAAAAGGGCACUGUCGCGCAUUGCAACCUUGUCUAUGGUGGAAUGGCACCUUUCACAGUUGCGGCAAAGAAGGCCAAUGAAUACCUCAAGGGGAAGAUGUUUGCUCAUCCAGAAACUCUCGAGGGCGCGAUGAACGCCCUAGGAUCAGACUUCGAUCUCGUUUUCAGCGUGCCCGGUGGCAUGGCAUCAUACCGGAAAGCCCUGGCCCUCAGCUUCUUCUAUCGGUUCUAUCAGGAGGUUCUGUCUGGGAUGAACACAGAAAGCCAGCACGGCGACAGUCAGGCUGUCGAGGAACUUGAGAGAGUCUUAUCAACCGGCUGGAAGGACGAAGAGGCAACGGUCGACUAUGCCAAGGAGACUCUUGGGAAGGCUGGCAACCAUGUGGCUGCUUUGAAGCAAGUGACUGGAGAGGCACAGUACACUGACGAUAUCCCACCACUGAAGAACGAGCUUCAUGCUUCCAUCCUUUUCUCAUCGAGGGCCCACGCCAAAAUCAAGUCAAUGGACUACACUGCAGCUCUGGAGAUUCCUGGUGUCGUUGACGUUGUCGACAAGAACGAUUUGCACCAUCCAGAAGACAACAAAUGGGGAGCGCCACACUUCGACGACACCUUCUUCGCCGAGGAUGAGGUCUUCACUGCCGGACAGCCAAUCGCGGUAGUCUUGGCCACCACCAAAGCAAAAUCAGUAGAGGGAGUCCGAGCAGUGCAUAUCGAAUACGAAGACCUUCCCGCUAUAUUUACUAUGGAAGAGGCAAUUGAGAAAGAGAGUUUCCACAAGUACUACAGGUACAUCAAGAAGGGCGACACAGAGGAGGCCUUUAAGAACUCCGACUACACAUUCAGUGGGGUGGCUCGCAUGGGUGGCCAAGAACACUUCUACCUCGAGACGAAUGCCUGCUUCGUGAUCCCCAAGCCCGAGGACGGUGAGAUGGAGAUAUGGACCAGUAGCCAGAAUCCCACAGAGAGCCAAGUGUAUGCCUCGAAGAUUUUGGGCGUGCAGGCCAAUAAAGUAGUCGCUCGCGUCAAACGGCUGGGUGGCGGCUUCGGCGGCAAGGAAACCAGAUGUGUUCAACUCAGUACGAUAAUGGCACUGGCUGCUCAAAAGACCAAGCGUCCAGUGAGGUGCAUGCUCAACCGAGACGAGGACAUGGUCAUGUCUGGACAGCGUCAUCCAUUCAUGGGCAAAUGGAAAGUCGGCGUCAAUAAAGAUGGCAAACUCCAAGCCCUCGAUGUAGAUGUCUUCAACAAUGCUGGUUGGUCGUUUGAUCUGAGUGCAGCGGUCUGCGAGCGCGCCAUGACCCAUAUCGACAACUGUUACAAGAUUCCUAAUGUCCACAUACGAGGCCGUCUUUGCAAGACGAAUACCAUGUCGAACACAGCCUUCCGCGGCUUUGGCGGACCACAAGGCAUGUUCAUCGCCGAAUCGUACAUGUCAGAGGUUGCCGACCGCCUCGGCAUGCCGGUUGAAGAGCUGCGCGAGAUCAACUUCUACAAGGCUGACGACACGACCCAUUUCAACCAAGCGCUUGAGGACUGGCAUGUACCGCUCAUGUACAAGCAAGUCCAAGAAGAAUCGGAUUAUGCUGGCCGCCGGAAGGCCAUUGGAGAGUUCAACGCCUCACACAAAUGGCGUAAACGGGGACUGGCUAUAAUUCCGACCAAGUUUGGCAUAUCGUUCACGGCGCUCUGGUUCAACCAGGCUGGUGCUCUGGUACAUGUUUACCAUGAUGGCUCGGUCCUUGUCGCACAUGGCGGCACAGAAAUGGGCCAGGGCCUGCACACCAAGAUGAUCACCCUUGCCGCUCAAGCACUUCAGGUACCAAUGGAUGACGUCUAUAUCUCGGACACAUCGACGAACACAGUCGCAAAUACGUCGGCCACGGCCGCAUCGGCAUCUUCUGAUCUCAACGGCUAUGCUGUGUGGAAUGCUUGCGAGCAGAUCAAUGCUCGUCUCGCCUCCUACAGGGAAAAGCUCGGUCCAAAAGCGACCAUGAAGGAGCUCGCUCAUGCGGCUUACUUCGACCGUGUGAACUUGAGCGCCAAUGGCUUCUACAAGACCCCUGAGAUUGGUUACACGUGGGGCGAAAACGUCGGCAAGAUGUUCUUUUACUUCACGCAAGGUGUCACGGCCGCCGAGGUCGAGGUCGAUUGCCUGACCGGUACGUGGUCUUGUCUGCGUGCCGAUAUAAAGAUGGACGUCGGUCGCUCAAUCAACCCAUCCAUCGACUACGGCCAGAUUGAGGGCGCCUUCGUCCAAGGCUUGGGCCUCUUCACCAUGGAAGAGAGCCUGUGGCUCCGCAACGGUCCCAUGGCCGGGAACCUGUUCACCAAGGGGCCAGGCACCUACAAGAUUCCCGGGUUCCGCGACAUACCCCAGAAGUUCAACGUCAGUCUGCUGAAGGGCGUGACGUGGGAGAACCUGCGCACCAUCCAGCGCAGCAGGGGCGUCGGCGAACCGCCCCUGUUCAUGGGCAGCGCCGUCUUCUUCGCCAUCCGGGACGCGCUCAAGGCCGCGCGCGCCGACUACGGCGUCGAGGCCAAGGUCGGCGGCGAAGGGGGUGAGGACGACGGCCUGCUGAAGCUGGAGAGCCCGGCCACGCCCGAGAGGAUCAGGCUGUCGUGCGUGGACCCCAUCAUGGAGCGCGCCAGGGUCCUGCCCAAGGAGGGCGAGAAGAGUUUCUUCAUUGCUAUAUAG